CGUCGGCCCCGCGCGGCGGCGCUUCCGCUUCCGGGGCGGGCGGCGGCGCGGCCCGGCCCGGCGGGAGCCGCCGCCGCCGGAGGCGCCGCCAUGGGGCGGAAGAAGAAGACGCUGCACGACUACGCGGCCGAGUUCACGGAGCUGGCGGUGAAGCGGCACCUGCUGGAGCGCGGCGCCGCCGGCGAGGCCGCCGUGGUGGAGACGCUGUACUGCACCUCCUGCGAGCUGCCCAUGCGGGUGCGGCGCGACCGCAUCCUCGAGCACCUCUCGUCGGGCCGCCACUACCGCAACCGCCGCCUCGGCCGCCAGCACGGCCUGCGCGCCCCGCUCCUCCUAUCUGCAGGUCCAGACCUUGGCGCCAGCCUUCCCCUCCAGCUCGAUGCUCCUUCCCUGCUUUCCCAGCCUUCCUUCAUCCUCUCGAGCAACCCCUGCAUCACCAGCGCCGGGACCAGCACCAGCUACAGCAUGGCCCCGUCUCCGCCCUCCUUCCACAAGUCUCUGGUCCCUGUCCACCCCGGCGCCAUCAGCUCCACAACAGGCAUCGCGUCUGCCAGAGAAGACCAAACGCCCUCUACCUCCACCAGUCACCCUUCGGCGUUCGCCGCCUUCCACGUGAGAAGCGCGCCCGUCCCCUCGAAGCAGGCCGGCCAAAGGCUCGUUGUUCCCGAGGCCUCCGACAGCGCGGUUCCGGGAGGGGCCGGGGGACGGUACAGCAGUACUGCUAGCAACGUCGGCCUCGCCCUUUUUGGCGUAGGGCUCGCUAACAAAGCGUUGUUUCAAAGUCUGAUGGAAGAAAAUGGUUGCUGUUUGCUUUACGUUGUGGAAAAUCAGCUGCAAGAGGUGGAACGUGCCUUCAGUGCAGAAUUUUUGGCCAAUACCAGGGUGCUGCGGCAGCAGGAUGCUGAUAUUGUGCUCAGUGAUCAACGGUACAGUCCACAGCUAACUUCCAUGCAUGUUUCUCCGCUGAUAGUCUCUGGAGCCAUUAUUUGUUCACCACCUGAAGAAGCUUCUGAGAUUGUAAUAGAUGCUUUACGAGCUGGGAAAGGUGUAUUUUGCGAGAGGCUACCCAGUUUAGACAGGCAGACAGCAGAAGCUUGUUUUGAUGAAGCUGACAGAUGUGGAAGACCAUUGGUUUGUGGAUUCUACAAGCGUUUUGACCCAGCGCUGCAGUUCUUGUAUAAAAAAGUCCGCGACAGCCAGGCGUUGGGGAGGAUUCACCGGAUAUCAACGAUUAGCAGCAUAUAUCCAGCAGCUUCUCUUAGCUUCCUAAAAAAGUCAGGUGGAAUUUUUUAUAACGCUGCUGUGCAUGAUAUAGAUAUUAUCAGUUUGUUGUUGGGAGAGAGUGCACCAGAUACAGUAUUUUCACUGGGACAUGCAUUCUGUGCAGAUAUGGCCUACUUGAAGGAUGCAGACACUGUAGCAGUCAGCAUGAAAUUUCCUAGCGGAGCAAUUGUUACUUUGGACAUCAGUCAGCACUGCACUAAAAGCUGUGAUCAGAGACUAGAGGUUCACGGUUCUCAAGGAACGUUACGGGUAGAUAAUCAGAAUCCCUUGGGAAUUACGGAGCACGGAACUUCUGUAUCCAUCUAUUCACAGACCCAAGCCGAUCGUUACAGAGAUGCACACAGAGAGCUCUUUCGACACUUUCUUAGAGCCCUGAAAGGCAAAGAACCUCCCGUGAUAACCAAAGAACAGUUUCUCUGGACAAUUCAGGUAGCGGCAGCUGCUGAACAGUCCUGGAGAAAUGGAUCUGCUGUUGACUUACGCAAUGAAGCAAUAGAUUCGUCUGUAAUCAAGACUGAAAUAAUGUGAUACGCACUGCUGUUUUUUGAGGUGAAGGAUAAUCUUUGAGCUGUGCUACAGUGAAGUCUUUUUACCUAGUGAUGUCUCCACCGUUACCUUACUUAUAGAAGAGACUUACUCCUUUACAUUUCCACUGGAAACGCCCAGAACUUGGAGGCACUUUUGAGCUCGGAGGGCUGCGCGCUGAUGGCGCGGAUGCUGCUCAGCACAGCAGCCAGGACCCUCCAGAGAAAUUACGUGCGGUUUUGUCCAGGUGGCAUUUUCUUCUGGAGAGCUGUGUUGCUUGCGGAGUAUUGCUGUCUUGGGAGAGGGCCAGUGCUGCUCGGGGCGUGGUGAGGAGCUGCGACGGGAGCUGUGCGAGUGGCAGCUGUGGCAACGAGGUGGCGAAAUGCUCGAGCAAAUGAGAGCGUUCGGCUGAGCCGUGCUCGCUUCCCUGCAGCGCGUGCAGGAGUGUGACUUCUGCGCUGAACCCGCUCCUGGGCCUCAUAUUUAUUAUUUCAUUUGUUGUUUUUUAAUGGGUUUUUACUAAAUUUUUGCUAUGGAUUUCAAAUACAUAGCUGAAAAGUUCUGAUCAUCUAACUUUCUUGGGGGAUGGGGGAGAGGAAUGGAAAAGCAGGGAGGGAGUCUUCCUACUGUGCGACUGCAGUGAGGGGAGAAGCUGUAGGAAGGCCACGAAUUAAGAGUAUUCCGUAGCGAAGCAACAUGCUUGGGCAUUUCUAUAAGAAACACUGCAUUAUUAAAAUUUUUUUCAGAAAGCAAUCUGUGAAUGUGUACAGUGGGCCUGUACAACGUCUGUUACCGAGAGAGGUGCGUGUCGGCUGGGCUGCUCAGUGCGUGGAUCCAGCGUUGUCUGAUUACUCACUGCAACAGCGAGGUAGCUGUCGGCGUGCUCGUUUUCCUUGCUUAAAUGCAAACCUUGUAUGUUAAUACUUUAGUAGCAAAAGUGGACUAAUAAUCGCUUUCCUUGAGUGUAGGAAGGGGGUGAUUACAUAUUUUAAAGAUAUUUUUUUACAGUCCAGCCCAUUUGGAAUAUACAUCACAGAAAAAGAUAGUGCCUUCAACAACAGGCAAGUCUGCUUUUAAGCCAGGUUAUUUGUAUCUUUUUAUUCUUACGUUGAACUUAUUGCAGAUAUAUAGGUUUGACUAUUCUUGUCUGUAUUUCUCAUAUGCCAGUUUUCAAGCUCUUUUGAAAGCUUUUUUAUUGUAUUAAAAGAACAUUCUUGCCUUGAGUGUUAGCUGAUACACACGUCACUUUUCUUCUUGAAAGAUUCUUUAAUUCUGUCACUUUCCAAUCCUAUAUUUGCAGCAUAAGACUAAAACUAGAAAUAGCUGUGACAUUUAUAACUAAACACAAUUCUCUUGUGGAAAUUGUUUUUAACAGUGUAAUUUUUUCAAACAUGGGAAAGCUAUGGCUGAAUGAUAAAGAUUACUAUCCAUUUCCUACCCUA